AUGCGAUUAUGCGGGUGUAAGACGUCUGCAACACGUUCCAUCCACUCUGUAACCCAGUUAGAUGAAGGGAAAAUUCAUAAAAUCGUUCAGUGGACUCGCAACGGCGACAGCCAGUCAGCUUUACUUGACAUAUUCGACAUUACUCCAGGGGAACCUAUUCAGGCGAUGGCUCUCUCGCGCACUCACGGCUCGCUCUACGCAGCCUCAGACCGCCGAGUGCUACAGCUACGCUUGGCGUUAUGUGCACGCCGCUACGACGCAUGCGUUCGUUGCGCAAGAGAUCCGUACUGCGGAUGGGACCGCGAUGCUGGCGUAUGCAGAGAAUAUAUGCCUGGAUUAAUUCAAGACGUGGCGAACGAAACAGCUGAUAUUUGUGACUCGUCCAUAUCACGAAAAAGCGUGUCUGCCACGUGGGGUCAAAGUCUGCACCUGGGAAGUUUUGUCAAGAUGCCCGAGGUACUCCAGCCGUUAUCCGUCACCUGGUAUCAUUACUCGAAAGAGAAAGGACGUCACCCUAUAACAUUCAAUAAACCCGAGAAAUAUAUUGAGACGUCGGAACAUGGACUACUUAUAAUAUCUGUGAGCGAGUCAGAUGCGGGACGUUACGAUUGUUGGCUCGGUGGAUCACUGUUAUGCUCAUACAAUAUCACUGUUGACACGCACAGAUGUUCACCGCCAGAGAAAAGCAACGAAUACCAGAAGAUUUACUCGAACUGGUGUCACGAAUUUGAGAAAUAUAAAACUGCGAUGAAAACGUGGGAAAGGAAACAAGAGCAAUGCGCUCGACAAAAUGACUCAAAUCAAAACACACAUCCAAAUGAGAUUGUGUGA